AUGAGAUACCAGGAAACUUCUGUCUCGUGUACAUCUCAAAUGAACAAGUCAGGCGCUGUUGUCGUAGUGGUCGGAAAUGGGACUGACUCCCCCGUGGUAGAUCUUUGGCAAAAGAGGAUGUACGAAUUCAUUAGAUCAGAAGGAUUCACGAAGAAGACGCAACGGGACAAUUCCAAGUCCCAAAACGCGUUCAUGAUAUAUCGAAAAGAUCUAAGCGCGAACGCACCUGGGGGUGAACUUUCCGGACUUGCCGGAAACAUCAAUCUCAAAGCUCUACUUCGACGUUUCACUGAAGAAUUAUUAAAUCAGGUAGAAACUGAAAGGAGGGAAAGAUGA